UUUUAGGUGUGCUAUUGACUUUUAGAAGAUAUGAGUGGUGCAUAUAGAGGGAGAGGUUUUGGGCGGGGAAGAUUCCAAAGCUGGAAAAGAGGAAGAGGUGGUGGGAACUUCUCAGGAAGCUGGAGAGAAAGAGAGUACAGAGCUGACCAGAAUAGAGCCACAGGAAAGCACACUUCUGAACAGACAUCACAGCCUUUACUUCUGCAGUCGUCGUUGGAUCAGUUUAUACCAUAUAAGGGCUGGAAACUUUAUUUCUCUGAAGUUUACAGUAAUAGCUCUCCUUUUAUUGAGAAGAUUCAAGCAUUUGAGAAGUUUUUCACAAGGCACAUUGACUUUUAUGAUAAGGAUGAAAUAGAAAGAAAGGGAAGCAUUUUGGUGGAUUUUAAAGAACUGACAAAAGAUGAUGAAAUAACUAACUUGAUACCAGAUAUAGAAAAUGAACUAAGAGAUACCCCUGAGAAAACAUUGGCGUGCAUGGGUCUCGCAAUACAUCAGGUUUUAACCAAGGACCUUGAGCGGCAUGCAGCUGAAUUACAAGCUCAGGAAGGAUUGUCUAAUGAUGGAGAAACAAUGGUGAAUGUGCCACAUAUUUUUGCAAGAGUGUACAACUAUGAGCCCUUAACACACCUCAAGAACGUCCGAGCAAACUGCUACGGGAAGUACAUCUCUAUAAGAGGGACCGUGGUUCGUGUUGGUAACAUAAAGCCUCUUUGUACCAAGAUGGCUUUCCGUUGUGCUGCAUGUGGAGAGAUCCAGAGCUUCCCUCUGCCCGAUGGGAAGUACAGUCUUCCUACAAAGUGUCCUGUGCCUGCGUGUCGAGGGAAGUCGUUUGCUCCUUUGCGCAGCUCCCCCCUCACAGUUACAGUGGACUGGCAGCUGAUCAAAAUACAGGAACUGAUGUCUGAUGCACAGAGUGAUGCAGGGCGGAUCCCUCGAACAAUAGAGUGUGAACUUGCUCAUGAUCUUGUAGAUAGUUGCGUCCCAGGAGAUACAGUGACUAUUACUGGAGUUGUCAAAGUCUCCAACACUGAAGAAGGUUCUCGGAAUAAGAAUGAUAAGUGCAUGUUCCUUUUGUACGUUGAAGCAAAUUCUGUCAGCAACAGCAAAGGACAGAAAGCACAGACUGCAGAGGGUGUCUGUCAGCAUGGGACAUUGAUGGAGUUCUCACUUAAAGACCUGUAUGCCAUCCAAGAGAUUCAGGCUGAAGAGAACCUGCUGAAGCUCAUUGUCAACUCACUUUGUCCUGUCAUUUUUGGUCAUGAACUUGUUAAAGCAGGUUUGGUGUUAGCGCUCUUUGGCGGUAGCCAAAAGUACGCAGAUGACAAAAACAGGAUUCCCAUUCGAGGAGACCCACACAUCCUGAUUGUUGGAGAUCCAGGCUUGGGAAAGAGUCAGAUGCUGCAGGCAGCAUGCAAUGUGGCACCUCGUGGUGUGUAUGUCUGUGGAAAUACCACCACCAGCUCUGGACUCACAGUAACUCUUUCAAAAGACAGUUCCUCUGGAGAUUUUGCUUUGGAAGCUGGUGCCCUGGUACUUGGUGACCAAGGCAUUUGUGGAAUAGAUGAAUUUGAUAAAAUGGGGAACCAACAUCAAGCCUUGUUAGAAGCCAUGGAACAGCAGAGUAUUAGCCUUGCUAAAGCUGGUGUGGUCUGUAGCCUCCCUGCAAGAACUUCCAUCAUUGCUGCUGCAAAUCCAGUUGGAGGACACUACAAUAAAGCCAAAACAGUUUCUGAGAAUUUAAAGAUGGGGAGUGCCCUACUGUCCAGAUUCGAUUUGGUCUUUAUCUUGUUAGAUACGCCGAAUGAGCAGCAUGACCACUUACUUUCUGAACAUGUGAUUGCAAUAAGAGCUGGGAAGCAGAGAGCCCUUAGCAGUGCCACAGUAGCUCGUGGGCUCAGUCAAGAUUCAAAUACUUCUGUACUUGAAGUGGUUUCUGAGAAACCGCUGUCAGAAAGAUUGAAGGUGGCUCCUGGAGAGACAACAGAUCCAAUUCCACAUCAGCUGUUGCGGAAGUAUGUUGGUUAUGCACGGCAGUAUGUCCACCCAAGGCUAUCCACAGAAGCUGCUCAGGCUCUACAGGACUUCUACCUAGAGCUCCGCAAGCAGAGCCAGCGCAUGAGCAGCUCACCCAUCACUACCCGGCAGCUGGAAUCUUUGAUCCGUCUGACAGAGGCACGAGCAAGGUUAGAAUUGAGAGAGGAAGCAACUAAAGAAGAUGCUGAAGAUAUAAUUGAGAUUAUGAAACAUAGCAUGCUAGGAACUUACUCAGAUGAGUUUGGGAACCUGGAUUUUGAGCGAUCCCAGCACGGCUCUGGAAUGAGCAACAGGUCAACAGCAAAAAGAUUUAUUUCUGCUCUCAACAGCAUUGCUGAAAGAACUUAUAAUAAUAUAUUUCAAUUUCAUCAACUUCGUCAGAUUGCCAAAGAAGUAAACAUUCAGUAUGAAAAUCCAUGGACAAUCCCAAAUAUGUUGUCGAUGACGAGAAUUGGCUUGGCCCCAGUGUUGGGCUAUCUGAUUCUUGAAGAAGAUUUUAAUGUUGCGCUAGGUGUUUUUGCUUUAGCUGGGCUAACGGAUUUGUUGGAUGGAUUUAUUGCUCGAAACUGGGCCAAUCAAAAAUCAGCUUUGGGAAGUGCUCUUGAUCCACUUGCUGAUAAAGUUCUUAUCAGCAUCUUAUAUGUUAGCUUGACCUAUGCAGAUCUUAUUCCAGUCCCACUCACUUACAUGAUAAUUUCAAGAGAUGUAAUGUUGAUCGCUGCAGUGUUUUAUGUCAGAUACCGAACUCUGCCAACACCGCGAACACUAGCUAAGUACUUCAAUCCUUGCUAUGCUACUGCUAGGUUAAAACCCACAUUCAUCAGCAAGGUAAAUACAGCAGUCCAGUUAAUUUUGGUGGCAGCUUCUUUGGCAGCUCCAGUUUUCAACUAUGCUGACAGCAUUUAUCUUCAGAUACUAUGGUGUUGCACAGCCUUCACUACAGCUGCGUCAGCAUACAGUUAUUAUCACUAUGGUCGGAAAACUGUUCAGGUGAUAAAGGGCAAAUGAGAGUCACCCAGCUCCUGCAGCAAGGAAGCGGCUUGCAUCAUAGACAGCAGCGCCAGGGAAAGCUACAGAACUUUGCCCAUCUUGGUGUUCAGCUUGAGAAGGACUUGUCAGACAAACCAUGUCUUCAAACCGAAGUAAUGUACGUCGAAAAUAAGCUCUAUCAUGGGCCUAUGCAGAAUUUCCAGUGUAUUUUUAAAUACAAAUAAAACUAUAAUGUAGAAUUUUUAAUCUU